AUGGCGAAUCUCGACUCGGCGAUUGAUUCAGUAUUUUGGGACCAUAACAUUUCUUCACCCCAAACACUUGAAGGCACGGCUCGUUCUGUUCCCGGUGCGCCAUUUCCCGUCGACGGUGCACGAGCCAGCCGCUCUCACCGGAUUCAGCAGCUCUCUCUCCUCCGCGAAGGCUUUCCUCUCGGAAUCAUCCCUUCGUUUGCUCCUUCUUCCGACAAGAGACUCGGCUCUUUCUCUCUUAACUCUCUCUUGCUCAGUCCUUCCUCUUCCAACUGGUGGGUAGGAUUGGUUGGGCAGUUUAAGCCAAAGAAGCUCUUUGCUGAUGUGAAAGCAAAUAUAAGAAAUGCAGAAGAGUGGGAUCUCCAACUUUUCAAGGAUACAACAAAACACAUUGUAGACAAAUCCCUUUACUCAAUUGGUCUAUGGACUCAGAUUGCUUUAGGCUCUUCUUCCUCUCUGUUGCUGAACGCUGAACGGCUUGGCGAUAAAAAUGGACUCCGAAAGAAGCUGAUGUUUGUUCAUCCGCUUGAGAAACAUGAUCUCACUGUGGAAGCAGCUUGGCCAGAUCUGUUUUUGGACCAUAAAGGACGCUUCUGGGAUGUCCCUGAGUCAUUGAACUUUGAUGUCUCAUCUCUUGCUCCAGAAACCGGGCUUAGGUACCGGUUUGGUCUACACAAAAGCAAGGGUGAUCCUCAGCCUGUGAACGCUGUUUCUGCGAGUGGUGGUGAUGCUCCUACAUCCUUGAUGCCUGGUCUAUGCGCCAAGGCUGCUGUUUCGUACAAGGCGAACAGAGACUUGUGGAGGCCGCAAGAGAAAGAAAACGAAACAGGAGAAGAGGAUACACCUGUCUUUCUGCCUUACGAUUUACGUCUCAAGGAGCCUCACGCAGCGAUUUCAGGAAUAGUAGGUAGCAGCUUGGCAGCUUGGAUUACUGGCCGAGGCAUGCUGGUUAAUGGCAAGAAGCGGAGUCCGAUAAGCGCAGACGUAUUUGGUUCUGCUUGUUAUACAUUCCAGAAAGGGAGGUUCAGUAAGUUGUAUGGCGAUCUAACACGCGUAGAUGCUCGUGUGGACGUUUCCUCAGCUUCUGCCCUUGCUCAAAGAAUCUUCCAUGCGAUUAGGAGAUCUCCAGGUGGUGACAAAUCAUCAGAUGACGCAUUGUGGUCUCCCAGACUCAACCUGAUCUUCCAGCAACAGGUCGCGGGUCCGAUUGUGUUCAAAGUAGACUCGCAGUUUCAAGCAGGUGCAGGAAAGUAUGGUGCACGCAUGGAAGAUCUGAUUUACAGUUUGAAUUACUCGUUGAGGCUUCUUGAGUCUGGCAAAGUCGUGGCUUGGUAUUCUCCAAAGAGAAAAGAAGGCAUGAUCGAGCUUCGAGUUUUUGAGUUUUAA